UAAGCAAAAGAAAGAAAAAAAAAGCAAAGCAAUGUCGCUUAAUUCGCGCUUAGCACUUCGCGAAGAGGACAUCAUAAGAAUCUCUUUGGAAUUUCUUUCCAAUCGUGAACUUCACAUUUCGCAAUUGUCUUUAGAGCGUGAAACUGGCGUUAUUAAUGGAAUUUAUUCCGAUGAUGUUUUAUUUCUACGGCAAUUGGUGCUUGAUGGGCAAUGGGACGAUGUGCUCGAGUUCAUUCAGCCACUUGAAGCGCUCAGCUUAUUUGAUAUGAAGCUAUUUAAGUACACAAUUCUACGACAUAAGUACAUUGAACUCUUAUGUAUAAGAUCAGAAGCUGGUGGAAUUACAAUCGGCGGCCAAUCAACGGUUGAAGGGGCAGUUGAAGAAGUGGUUCAAGUGCUUUCUCUCUUAGAGAAAUUCGCACCAUCAAAAGAAGAAUAUUCGGGGCUUUGUCUCCUUCUCACGUUGCCUCGUCUCAGUGAUCAUCUCUCAUACAAGGACUGGAAUCCUAGUAAAGCUCGUGUUCAAUGUUUCAAAGAAGUGUUUCCUUUAGUCGAGAAAUUCCUUCCCAGUGACAAGAAAACAACUCAAGUUAAUAUGUGUGCAAAAAAUGAUCGUUUAAUUCAGUUGGUGAUAAAAGGCUUACUUUAUGAAUCGUGUGUGAAUUAUUGCCAGACAAAAGCAACUGGCGGUACAAGUGCCAUCAAUAAUGGCACGAGUAGUGAAACAAAAAAUGAAAUAAACUUUUGUAAAGUGCUUGAUAACAACAAUGGCUUCACUGACUCAGACUUGUCACUUUUAAGUUGGUUGCAGUCGAUUCCAACUGAUGUCUUUGGCAUUCCAUUUGAACAGAAAACAUUAAAUGUCGAUGUCGAACGUUUAUCUAAACCGGAUUUGGAAGCAAGUUGGACAGAACAUAUGCUGAUGACACCAAUUAAGCCUAAAAUCUUUCCUCAUUCCGUUAUGCCAUUUACUAGACCACGAUCAGCUGCCGAUAUCAUGACAAGAUCUUUGAUGCCGUCAUUUGAUGCGACCGUCUCUUCAGUACUUGAUCCGAAGCGUAAUGGUGAAGAAACUUUUGGAAUGUCUCGUUCAAGUUUUGCAAGUUUUCAUCUCACUGGAAUUAAGCCAUGUUCUGGAAAAAUGAUGACGUCAAGUGUAGAUCGUCUUUUUGAGAGCGAAAAUGAUGUUUUUAUAAGUAACAAUUUCAAUGAAUUUCAACCACAAGUCCUACCGUCGAUAGAUGAAAUUGCAUCGGUAAAUUCAAAAUCACCGGAACCAGUCAUGAAUAAAGAUAGUCCCAACACUUCAACAGCAAAAAGUUCUCGUCGCGAUUCUCUCAAUGACCGCGUCAUAAUAGCACAAAAUUCAUCUUAUAGCGAAGCAGAACCAACACCACCUAAUCAUUACCAACAAGCGCCUCAUCAUCUACCAAAUAUACCGAUACAAAGCCCACCAAUACACCACAUGAUGCAACAGCAACAUCAAGAAGUUAAACAAGAUUUACCAGUACGAGCGGGCAACAAUCACAUUGAUGCUUCGGCGAGGCAAGCUCCCGAUACUGGCGGUGGUGGUGAGCUUUUCGAGAAAUUUCAACAGAAACAGAAAAUUAUCAAAGACAGUUCAACGGUGGGUGGACAAAUGGGUGGCAAAAGCAGCUCAACAAAAGCGGCAAAUGGUUAUAGUGAGUUGGGGGUGAUAGAAAAGCAAGGAUUUAUCGAGAAUGAGUCGUUAAAAAAAAACUUAAAUGUAGAAUCACGAGAAACCAUAACAGUCGCGCAAGUUCUCUAUGCUCAUUAUUCAAACACCCAAAUGCAAUCUAAAGCAAGCACCUCGUCGGAAAAUGUUAGAAAUAAAAAAUAUUCAAAUGCGAAACGAUA